UUUCUCCAUCUCCAUGGAUUUAUAGCUUCAUCUUAACAAAACCCUAACCCUAAUCACCUCUCCUCUUUCUUCCUUCACAAAAAAUGCUAGCCAAGAAAAUGGUCUCCUUCAAGAAACUCGCCAAGAAAGUGAAGGCCGUCCGAGUCGGAACCGACAGCGAACAUUCGCACAACGAAUGUUUGCUCACUGAUCGCUUGGAAUUAACGGAAGAUCAUGACUCUAAUUCUCCGUCAUCUCCGACCUCAACGCCCACCGGCUACUUCGCGAUCUACGUCGGCGACGAACGCCAGCGCUUCGUCGUUCCGACGAGUUUCCUGUCGCAUCCGCUCUUCAGGAUGGUGCUCGAUAAAGCGUACAGAGAGUUCGGAUUCGAACAGAGGAAUGCGCUUGUGGUUCCUUGUAGUGUCUCUGCUUUUGAAGAAAUUGUUAGCGCUGUUGAAUGCUGCAAUGGCAGAUUCGAUUUCGGUGAGAUUGUUGAGGAGUUUCUAUAGAACAGAUGCAAUGGCUAAGGAAUAUGAGUUCGUUAGAGUUUGAA